AUGCUUUUCGUCACCGUUGCGGCAGCCACGCUGCCAAGUGUGCCGUUGGACUUUGCCGGAAACCGUGACAGAAUCCUCGAGUCCAUCCGAAUUGCAAAGCAAAAGGGAGCAACUCUGCGCACGGGACCCGAGGCAGGUUUUCUUCUUGAAAUCCCCGGCUAUGGCUGCCUGGAUCACCAUCUCGAAGGGGACACUUUCCUUCACAGCUGGGAAGUUCUGGCCGAAAUCAUCUCGGACCCCGUGUGCAAGGACAUGCUGGUUGACUUGGGCAUGGGUGUUCGCCAUCGCAAUGUCCGAUAUAACUGUCGUGUGCUCUGCACUUAUAAGCGUGUUCUUUUUAUCCGGCCGAAAAUGGCAUUGGCAAAUGAUGGACUAUACCGUGAAGCCCGGCAUUUCACCGCUUGGCCCAAGAAGAUGCAGGUCGAGACGUACUAUCUAGAAGCCAUCAUUGAGAAGGUGACUGGACAGCAUACGGUGCCGAUUGGAGAUGCCAUUUUGUCGACUUUGGAUACUGCCGUCGGCUGUGAGACUUGUGAGGAGCUCUUUACACCUUCGAAUCCUUCGACGUAUAUGGGGUUGAAUGGCUGUGAAAUCAUCCUCAACAGUUCCGCGUCCCAUGCAGAACUUCGAAAACUUCGGACCCGGCUGGACCUGAUCUCAAACUCGACUCGGAAGCUGGGUGGUAUCUAUGUCUAUGCGAAUGCCACGGGGGUGGACGGCGAGGCGCGAAUGAUGUACGAUGGCUCUUCAAUGAUUUUGAUCAACGGCAAGGUUCUGGAGCAGGGGUCGCAAUUUUCUUUGGCCCCUGUUGAAGUCAUUGUGGCAACGAUUGAUAUUGAAGAAGUGCGCAGCUUUCGAUGCAGCAUCUCGAGGAAUGUGCAAGGCGCCGCACAGCCGGAAUAUCCUCGGGUUGAAUUCUACUUUCGACUAUGCCGCCCCGUGGACGAGGUGAUACUCUCGGAUACGCUGAAGAUAUCUCGCGAGAAGGAGCUACGGAUUCUCGAUCCUAUGUCUGAGAUUUGGAUGAGCACUUCGGUAUAUCUCUGGCAAUAUCUUACUCGGACAAACUCUGCCGGGUUCUUCUUGAGUCUUUCGGGCGGUCUGGACAGCUCCACCGUUGCACUAUUCGUCCAUGGGAUGGCCAGACUUGUGCUUCGCUCCAUUGAGCUAGGCGAGGAAAACACACUGGCCGACCUUCGACGUGUCACUGGUCUCCCAGACCUUGUGCCUAAGUCACCAGAGGAGAUCGUCAAUCUUCUACUCACAACCUGCUACCAGGGGACAGUCAACUCAUCUGACGAAACGAGAUCCCGAGCGAAGCGAUUGGCAGAAAGGCUGGGCGCCUACCAUUUGGACAUCUCCAUCGACGAGGCCGUCGAAGCUCAUCAGUCGAUCAUCAGAAAUGCUUUGCAGUUCACGCCCAGGUAUUCGGUCGAAGGCGGUACGCCCGCUGAGAACCUUGCGUUGCAGAACGUGCAGGCCCGGAAUCGGAUGGUUGUCCAAUAUUCGCUUGCGCAGUUGGCUACGACGGCAAGAAAGCUUCCUAGGGCCGGCUCUGCUCUGCUUGUUCUGACAAGUGGUAACGUGGACGAAAAUCUUCGCGGAUAUUAUACCAAAUAUGACGCCUCGUCAGGAGACCUGGCGCCUUUGGGCAGUAUUUCCAAGAACGAUGCUAAGCGGUUUCAGAGAUGGGCACGAGAGACUUGGGACCUUCCGAUCAUGACGGAAUUCAUCGAAGCAACCCCUACCGCCGAACUCCUUCCGCUCUCCGCCGGUGUGCAAGACGACGAAUCUCCAACCGAGAUGGGCAUGUCGUACGAAGAACUCUCGGUGUUUGGAAUCCUGCGCCGAGUCGAAAAGCUUGGCCCCUGGUCGUCGUACGUCCGUCUGCUGUAUCAAUGGCAAGACCGGCCCGGCAUGACGCCGCGCAAGAUUGCAGAGAAGGUCAUGCACUUUUUCCGCUUUUACUCGAUCAACAGACACAAGGCCACUAUUAUCACGCCCUCGAUUCACUUGUCUGCUUAUAAUCCCGAUGAUAACAGACAUGACCUGCGGCCGUUCUUGUAUGUCGUCAAUUGGCCGUAUCAGUUUGACAAGAUUAUAACACAUGUCGAGUUUCUCGAGGCGAAACAACAACAACUGGAAGAGAAGAAAUGA